UAGCUAGCUAGGUACACCUGUAUAGUUAACUCCCUACUAGCUAGGUAAACCUGUAUAGCUAACUCCUUACUAGCUAGGUACACAUGUAUAGCUAACUGCCUACUAGCUAGGUACACCUGUAUAGCUAACUCCUUACUAGCUAGGUACACCUGUAUAGCUAACUGCCUACUAGCUAGGUACACCUGUAUAGCUAACUCCCUACUAGCGAGGUACACCUGUAUAGCAAACUCCCUACUAGCUAGGUACACCUGUACAGCUAACUCCCUAGCUAGCUAGGUACACCUGUAUAGUUAACUCCCUACUAGCGAGGUACACCUGUAUAGCAAACUCCCUACUAGCUAGGUACACAUGUAUAGCUAACUCCCUACUAACUCUAAUAACCAAGUUCACCUGUACAGCUUACUCUAGUAGCUAGAUACACUUGUACAGCUAACUCUACUAGCUAGGUAGACUUGUACAGCUAACUCUACUAGCUAGGUACACUUAUACAGCUAACUCUACUAGCUAGGUACUCUGUACAGCUUACUCUACUAGCUAGAUACACUUUUACAGCUAACUCUACUAGCCAGGUACUCAUGUACAGCUAACUCUUUACUACCCAAGUGUAUAGCUAACUGAGAUUUGUUCUCUAUUAUACCUUGGAUCAGUCUUGUUUUCAUGUUGGUUUUUGUGUAGGUGUAUGGGAUGGUUUCACCAAGCUGAGAGCUGAGUUCUCCCCUCAGGCUGGUGGCCACACCUACUUCCUGCCCUGGCAGCGCUACUUCCUGCGGGUGGUGGAGCAGGAGCUCCAGGCUGUGUCGUCAUGCCAACUGGGUGUUCCGUACUUUGAGUGGACGGUCGACUCUGGUGAUCUUUUGACCUCAGCUGUCUGGCAGGCCGAGAUGUUUGGAGGGGAUGGAGAGAGAGAGAGGAAUGGCGAGAUGGAAAGGGAUGAAGAGAGGGAUAGAGCGAGUGAGGGAGAUGGAGAGCAAGAGAGCAACUCUGUCUCAGGCUGUGUCCCCCACCACUCCUUCCAGGGCUUGUCUGCACGGUUCCACUGGUCCCCCUGUCUACGACGGAGCUUCAACACUUCGGUGUCUGUGCCUGACGCGGUGAGCGUCCAGAGGCUACUGUCCCAGGGAAACUUCCUGUUGUUCUCCCAGGCUCUGCAGGGGCUGUCUGGGCUAUUUAGGCUCUGGGUGGGGGGCCACAUGGCCUCUCCUCUGGCCGCCUAUGACCCCCUCUACCUCUCACACGCCGCUUUCAUCGACAAGCUCUGGACACACUGGCAGGACAGGCACAGAGACGUGCACACUCAUGAAGAAGCUCAUGGGCACACUCACCAACACACCCAGUACCCGGUGAGGCAGCGUCACGUCAAGAUGAAGCCGUUCGGCAUUGCUCCUGAUGAUGUGAUGUCUUCACGGGAACAACUGUGUGUGGUGUAUGUACCCAUAACCCUCGGAGCUCCCUGCAAUGUGACAUCAUCACUCCUUGCCAAAAGAGGGAAGGGCCGCCACAGAGGAGCGAAAGACACUGCCAGCUAUCACAGAAAGGGACAAGAUACACAAAACAACCAUAAACACAGCACCUAUGAUUACAAUGCACAAGGCUAUGAUGGCUUUGACCACAGUGGUUACAAUCGCAAUGGAUAUGACAGACAAGGUUUCAACCGCAUGGGCUGGGACCUGCUUGGUUACAGUAGGGAUGGUUUGGACCGUGACCACAUCGACAGAGAGGGCUAUGACAUUUCUGGAUAUAACCGCUAUGGGUUUAACCGCCACAAUGUUACAUGGUUCGGGAUGCGCUGGGAUGGAUUGUUUAUGAGGGAGGAGGAGAGAGAAGAGGAGACUCAGGGGGAGAAAAAGAAGCAGAGUGAGGUGAGAGAGGAGAGUGGAGAGGAGGAGAGAGAAAGAGAGAAGGUUAUGUCAGAACUCUUUAGCGACAGUGGCUACAGUGUUUAUGGUUUCGACCCCUUUGGUUUGGACCGGGGUGGUUUUGAUGCAUUUGGAUUUCGACCAGACGGUUACGAUAAGGACAGCUGUAACUGGUUCUACAACGGACCGCACUACCUACGGUUCUACUACCACACCCAACAGCAGCUAAUUUCAACCAAUCAACACACUCUUAACCACAUUACAAGAACCUGCUCUCCAAUCACAGCCCUGCCUCAGCACUGGCCUUUGCAGGAUUGGAUGGCUCUGGAUCAAGAGGAGAGCCGAGCCCUGAUUGGUCAGUUGGAGCGGGAGUGGGCGGGGCAGAAGCAUUCUGAUGACUACUACACCCACAAGGUGAUGUCACAGAGGGGACGGGGCAUUUGGCUGCCAAUCACCCCAGACAGCAGGUUUUGUUUUGAACUACACUGGUUUUCCGGUUGUCCUCUUGGCUCUGCCCCCAUGACCUGCCCUGACCUCUGCCAUGAAGCACGUUGUCUUGGUAACCCGAUGGCUGAGUGUCGUUUGCGGAACUGUGGCUCCUGCUUUACUGAGUGGCUUGACCCAACCACCGGAGCGUACGUCAUCUGCCAGGGCUGGUAACCAGUGCUGACCGGCGCCCAUGUCAUUCAGCGUAGUGGAAGAUGACUAGAAAAUGCUUUUUUUGUCAUGAAAAACUAAUGCAGUUCGACAUUAGAGCUUUCAUUACCAAGGCUGGUUACCAAGUCUGGAGAUAGGACACUUUUCUCUUUCUGGAAUACACUUUGAUGAUGGGUUGGAAUGAAAGCCUGCACACCCUGUAGCACUUCCUUUGAAUAUUUAACUGAAGUAGGAGAUAUUUAGACAUCAGGAGGUGUAAUCAAUGUACCACACUGUAUUAGAUAAAGGGAGUGAAUGUU